AUGAGAGUCAAUUCUUUGUUAAAAAUAUGUGCACUUGUUCCAGGCGUUUUAUCGACCUGUAAUCCAUUGAAAAGUACGAAUUGUGACGCGGAUCAAGCGUUAGGUACAUCUUUUAAAGAAGAUUUUAAGUCUGAAUCGCCAUACUUUGAUAUUGUGAAGCCCAAUGGUGUAUUGUUUAGUGAUGAUGGAUUAGAAUUGAAACUUGCUAAGAGAUUCGACAAUCCAACUUUGCAAUCAAAGUUUUACAUAAUGUUCGGAAAAGUUGAGGUAACGUUGCAAGCAGCAGAGGGACAAGGAUUGAUUUCGAGUUUUUUUUUACAGUCGGACGAUUUGGACGAAAUAGAUAUCGAAUUAUUUGGCGGAGAUGGUUAUGAAUUCCAGCUGAAUUACUUUUCAAAAGGUGAUACUACUACCUACGAUAGAGGUGAAUACCACUCCACUUCUUCCAACCCGUUAAAAAACUUCCACACAUAUACUAUAGAUUGGACUCAAGAUUCUUUAACAUGGUCAUUAGACGGAAAAGUUGUAAGAACUUUAGAUGCAGACAAUCCACAGGGUUAUCCACAAUCUCCAAUGUUCAUCAGAAUGGGUAUUUGGGCUGGUGGUGAUCCUUCGAACGAGCAAGGUACUAUUGAAUGGGCUGGUGGAUUGACUGACUACUCAGACAUGCCAUUCUCCAUGUAUGUGAAGUCUCUUAUUGUCACAGAUUACUCUAGUGGUGAGAAAUACGAAUAUGGAGAUAAUUCAGGUGAUUGGACUUCAAUCAAGGCUAUCGAUGGUGAAGUCAAUGGUAGACAAGAACAAGCCGAGAAAGAUUUUAGUACUUUGCAGAACGGUGGCUCAGUUGAUACUGAUUUCGAAGCAUCCAGUAGCUCGAGUUCUUCUUCUGCUUCUUCUUCCCCAUCCUCUUCGUCCGAACUGUUCUCCUCGUCCUCCUCCUCUUUCAAAUCUUCAUCCAAAUCUUCAUCCAAAUCUUCAUCUACAAAAUUGACUUCCUCUACCAAAUUGGCUUCCUCGUCCAAAGCCUCAUCCAAAGCUUCAUCUUCAAACUUGGUAUCAUCCAGUUCCCGCAGAGAGACAUCUUUAUCGGCCACUACAGAUGACUCCUCCACUACAGAUAGCUCAUCCACUUCAGUAUCUUCAAGUUCAAAUGAAUCGGAUGCAGCAAAUACAAGUUCUGCAACAUCAAGUUCUGCAACAUCAACGCCCCCACAAGCCACUACUGCUGAAAAUAUUGGCAAUUCUUUAAUCGGAUCAUCGUUUUCAACCAUACUCGCAUCCUUUAUGUGUUAUAUAUUAAUUUAG